GCCGAAGGCAGAAAAACAAAAAGAAACGAAAAGAAAAACUGGUUCUUUUCGCGUUGCGUUUUCUUGGUCUCCCCGUCGAUUUUUCUUCUGAAUUUUAAUACUUCGGAACUUUUAGUUUCCUCUCUUGGCUUCUCUGGUUGGAGUUUCCGGCGACCUUGUCGGAGAUUUUGUUGUUUAUUUUUCGCACCACUUGUGAAACUUCUCAAAAAAAAAAAAAAAAAACAAAAGAAUGUUUCUUGUUGAUUGGUUCUAUGGAAUUUUGGCGACCCUUGGUCUGUGGCAAAAGGAGGCGAAGAUUUUGUUCCUAGGGUUAGAUAAUGCUGGGAAGACCACUUUGCUUCACAUGCUCAAAGACGAGAGACUGGUUCAGCAUCAACCUACUCAAUAUCCCACUUCGGAGGAGUUGAGUAUUGGGAAGAUAAAGUUUAAGGCUUUCGACUUGGGUGGCCACCAGAUUGCUCGUAGGGUCUGGAAGGACUAUUACGCUCAGGUGGAUGCUGUGGUCUUCUUGGUUGAUGCAUUUGACAAGGAAAGAUUUUCAGAAUCAAAGAAGGAGUUGGAUGCUCUUCUCUCUGACGAGUCACUAGCAAAUGUGCCUUUCCUUAUCUUGGGAAACAAGAUUGAUAUACCUUAUGCUGCCCCAGAGGAUGAACUACGCUAUAACAUGGGUCUCACUAACUUCACUACAGGCAAGGGCAAGGUUAAUUUGGUUGACUCCAAUGUUCGUCCUUUGGAGGUUUUUAUGUGCAGUAUUGUCCGCAAGAUGGGAUAUGGUGAAGGCUUUCAGUGGCUCUCUCAGUACAUUAAAUAGAAAACACGUUCUUUAUUAUCCUCGUGCUAAUGCAGUCUCCAACAAUAGUGUAUCUCUGCUCAUGUAAAUUGGAUAUACUUUAAUGGUGGUUUUACUUUUUCUUUGUUAUGAAUGAGACAUGCUUGUUUCUAAAUUUUUUUGGUGGCAGUUGCAAGCUUGUGUUGCAGUUCUAUAUAUAUAGGUUAUUAAAAUAGCAUAGUUAAUAAAUGGUGGCUUGAAUGUUACUAUGUUAGAAAUGACUUGUGAACGUUUGAUGGUGUUUUUCGUUUUAGUUGACAAUCGACACUACGGUCAUAAGGACUCUCAGAAUAUUUUGAUGGCAGUAA